CCUCCAGUCUGACCAUCUUUCCUGGCGGAAUCUGACCAACCAUGGUGAAUUUGGGCCUGUCCCGAGUGGAUGAUGCGGUGGCCGCCAAACACCCGUGUCCCUCUCCAAGGCUAGGUCGUGCCCAAAGGAGGAGCAGGAGGGAAGACGGAAAGGGGACUGAGCCAUGAACACCACCACCCUCAUCCCAGGGUCUCGAGGAAUAUGCCGUGUGCCAGUCGAACGCCUUCAUGAAGGGCGUUUUCACCCUUGUCACAGGCACUGGUGCGACUUUUGGCCUGCAGCUGUUCAUUAAGCGGAAGUUUCCAUACCCUGUGCAGUGGAGCUUCCUGGUGGCUGCCGUUGUAGGAUCUGUGGCCAGCUACAGAGUGACCAGAACGGAGUCUCAGAAGUGCAGAGAUCUCUGGCUCUUCCUGGAGACAGGGCAACUCCCCAAAGACAUGCGCACAGAUCAUCACAACUAGAAGAGCUCUGGCUGCUGGGUGUGGAGGAGCUGAAGCAGGGAAAAUCCUGGACUUUGACACCAUCCAACUCCAGGCUGGUCCUUCCUACCUCACCACACACACACACACACACACACACACACACACACACACACACGCACACGUGUGCACGAGCCCUUGAGUGUGUAUGGGCAGGCCGACCUGACAUCUGUGAUGGCCACCUGCUGCCCCAAAUCCAGGACCCGCCCAGGAGUCCAGUUCAGAAAAGGGCUUGAGAGAUGGGGGCGGGCGUCUCCUCCAGAGCAGCAAGAAGCCAGGAUAUCAGAAAGGGUUGUAUCCUGUUACACACGACUGUGGGGGUAGCAGCCUGCAAGUGGUGAAAAAACUUGUGUAUUUUCUCUGGUGCUUUGGGGUCCCUUGGGGACCUCUGUGCCCCAAGUCCAUGGAGAAUUGUGAAGGGUUGUGGCUAAUAAACAGCUGUCCUUUUCCCACCUGAGCUCUAAAGCCAGUAAACAAGGGUCGGUGAGGUUGUUCGGUGGGUAAAGCACCUGCUGAUAAGCCUGAUGACUGAGUUUAAUCUUCAAGAACCACAUGGUGGAAGGAGUCACAACGCCCACACAUUGUCCUCUAAUCUCUACUAUGGUAUAUGGGUUCCCAUACACAUGCACAGGAACACA